GGCUCUGUGCGACACAUCCGGGGCUCAUUCAGGGGUGUCACUCAAGCCUGCGAAGAUGGCGACGUCGGGCAGAAAUACACUCCUAUCGGUUAGCACAAAUGUAAAUAACAGCACUUCCGAAAGCCAAAACCUCGAGGAGGAUGACGGGCAGAAUUUAUGGUCAUCGAUAUUGAGUGAGGUGUCGACGCGCUCCCGAUCAAAAUUGCCGUCAGGAAAGAAUGUGGUGGUUAUGGGUGAGGUGGGGUCUGGUAAGACCACCUUGGUGGCCAAACUACAAGGUGUAGAAGAGUACAUGAAGGGCCGAGGCUUAGAGUACCUGUAUUUCAAUGUUCACGAUGAUGAUAUCGAUGAUCAUGCACGGUGUAAUGCAUGGGUGCUGGAUGGGGACCUGUACCACAAAGGCCUGCAGAAAUUCGCAGUAUCAACAGAGAACCUUGAGGACUCGCUGGUUCUAUUUGUGGUUGAUCUGUCCCGGCCCUGGCUGGCCCUCGAUUCGCUGCAGAAAUGGGGCAGCGUUGUGAGGGAUUUUGUGGACAAGCUCAGAGUUCCCCCUGAAACCAUGAGAGAGCUGGAGCACAGAUUGGUGAAGCAGUUUCAGGAAUACGUGGAACCAGGAAGUGACCUGGAAGCUGUGCCCCAGAGAAGGAAUCCUGAGUCCGAGGAAGAGAGCGUCCUGCUGCCGCUGGGAGACAAUACACUCACACACAACCUGGGCCUGCCUAUAGUGGUGGUCUGCACUAAGUGUGAUGCGAUCAGCACUUUGGAGAAGGAGCACGAUUAUAAAGACGAGCACUUAGACUUCAUCCAGUCUCACAUUCGACGUUUCUGCUUGCAGUAUGGAGCAGCGCUACUUUACACAUCCAUGAAGGAGAACAAAAAUCUAGACUUGUUAUAUAAAUACCUUGUUCACAGGUUAUAUGGCUUUCCCUUCAACAUCCCAGCUCAGGUGGUGGAGAAAGACUCUGUGUUUAUUCCAUCAGGAUGGGACAAUGAAAAAAAGAUCGCCAUCCUGCAUGAAAAUUUCCAGACAGUAAAAGCAGAGGACAAUUUUGAAGAUGUAAUAGUGAAACCUCCAAUUAGAAAGUUUGUACAUGAGAAGGAAGUUCAAGCUGAAGAUGACCAAGUAUUUCUACUAAAGUUGCAGUCUCUGUUAUCUAAACAGCCUCCAGUCACUGCAGGAAGACCAGUGGACCCAACAAACAGAGCUCCCACCGGCUCACCAAGGACGACCAACCGUUCGGCGGCGGCUAACGUGGCAAACGUCAUGCCCAUGCAAUCAGGUACCAAGAAGAUUGAUCCCAACAUGAAAGGAGGUCAGACGAGUGAGGGUGUGCUGGCUAACUUCUUCAACAGUCUGUUGACUAAGAAAGCAGGCUCACCCGGCCCGGGCGGCCAACCUACAGGAGGAGGGAGCAACACACCAGGAACAGUCCGCAAGUCAGGCUCCAAGUUGGGGUUGACCGAUGUCCAGGCUGAGCUGGACCGGAUCGCCAACAAAUCUGACCUGGACUCCUCAGCCCCUAACGCCACCACACCCCCUGCCGAAAACGACGAAUCCUGAAUGAGAGGCAGGGAUUAUUCACCGGCAAGCUCCUCCCCCUUGACACUGCUCUCUCCGCCCCCCCCGAACCUGCCUCCCUUCUGCCACCUCUCCUCCCUUCCUCUCCCUCACUCUUCCUCUUGAUCUUGUUCAGAAGGGGGAUUUAUUCCUGUUUAUUCCAGUGACUUGAAGCUGCAUGUCGGGCAAAUUGCGAUUGCUAUGUCUGUCUCCACACACACGCACACAUGUACAGCGGACGGGUCCGUAAAAAACCAUAGAGACAGGGUUGUGGUAGAAGGACACUAGAUCAGCGUUGGACACUAAAAGAGAGGAUUAUAGAGGAAAUGGGGAUGUAGGGAGAAGUCCGAAUUAGAAAGUGAAAGGGGUUUGUGAACUUAAGUGUAUCUGUAUGCAAGUUAGAUUUUUCCUUGGCUUUCGGUAGUGAAUUAUCUUAUAUGAAGGAUCCUGUUCGACUAAAGUAAAAGUCACUCGGCUUCUGAUAAACAAACGCACAUUUUUACUGAUCUAAACGUCUUACUAAGCCUCAUCUGAACAAAAAAAUGAAAUAAAAAUAAAGGGAAACAUCUCAUUUCAGUCAGAGAGAGAUUCGGUCAAACGAUUCAUUGGAUGUGGUCACCUUGUGUUGGUGUUUGUUAAAUGGCUAUCUUUAGCACUCUCAAUACCUGGCCUAUUCUUAAGUGUAUCGAUCACAGGACCAGAACAAAUGUACUGACAUGAUUUCAAUGCUUUGUAAUAUCCAUAGCCCCUUUUUUGCUGCUGUUAAACUGUCAACAGAGUCUCCAUUGAUGUGAUCUGUUGCGUACAAUUAAAAGUAUCUAAAUAUUACACUAUUACACAAUAGUAGGCAAUGACACU